UACCUCUAGGCGACAAAGGCUGGGGCUCCCCUUUCAAGCAGCCACACACACUGUAAGAAUUCUUGCAAGAGGGAAUGUGAAUCCUGGAGCUAAUUCUGCCCAUUUCCACCAGCCCCCUCCCUGAGGGGCUCAGCUGGCCGUGCUAAAAGCCGCAGUAGAAAGGUGAAAACGAAUAUUACAAGAUCUUGGAAGCAUCUGAGGUUUAAUGAGGACUUGCCAGCAUUCCAGACUGCUGCCCUGCAAUGAAGCUCUGAGUCACGGUCUUUGGGGCUAAGGUAUUGGCAACAAUGUGGAACCCCAGGACAGCUAACCUGACUAACCUUCGCUGUAACCAGGAUCCCAAAAGGGGUCUGGCAUGAAAUCAGAGCAUAGAGAAAGACUUGCUUGUUAAUGGAAACAGGAAAGAAAAAAAAGGUUUCCAACAAAUUGCAACAGACUUUCCACCAUUCUAAAGAACCCACCUUCCUUAUCCACCAAGCCGUUCUAUCUAGUGACUCCCAUUCCAGCCUUUUGCCAGAAACAGAGCAUGUCAAUCCUGCUGGAAAAAUAAAGAUAGAACCUCUGACAAGACCUGGAACAGUGAUACUCUCAAAACGGUCCAGUAGGAGAAUUAUGUCAGAAAGUCCGCACAGCCCCCCUGUGAUACCAUCCCGCAGGCCUGGAUUCCGGGUGUGCUAUAUCUGUGGCCGAGAAUUUGGCUCCCAAUCAAUUGCCAUUCAUGAACCCCAGUGCUUGGAGAAGUGGCGUAUUGAAAACAGCAAGUUGCCCAAACACCUGCGGAGGCCAGAACCCUCCAAACCACAGCCUCUCAGGGGCAGUGGGUCCUACAAUCUUCAGGCCGUGAACGAAGCAGCGUUUCAAAGUUCCCAGGCUCAGCUGCUGCCCUGUGAAUCCUGUGGCCGCACAUUCUUGCCAGAUCGUCAUCUUGUUCACCAGAGGAGCUGCAAGCUGAAGGAUGAGGGGCCCAGAGCACCAAACCCCAACCGUUUUGAUGAUCUGACUGGUGCCAGGAAAGCUGCUGGUGGCAUCCCAGCCCGACCAAAGACUCUCAUCUGCUACAUUUGUGGUAGGGAAUUUGGCACUUUGUCCCUUCCUAUUCAUGAGCCCAAAUGCCUAGAAAAGUGGAAAAUACAAAACGACCGGCUCCCCAGGGAGCUCCACCGACCACUCCCACGGAAGCCUCAGCCCCUUCCAACUGGACAGUCCAACCAAGAGGAGCCAAGUCAAGCUCAGCUGGUGCCCUGUGCAAACUGCGGCCGGACCUUUGCCCCAGACCGCCUUCUGGUACACCAGAGAAGCUGUAGGGUUCAACCAAGUGCACCAAAAAUUCAGAAUUUGACCUUAGGGAAGAAAGGUGGCCUGAAAGAGUCCACAAAUUCCAAGCAGCAAAGGAACAUGGCAGUGCCCACUGUGACUGAUAAGCCAGCAAUGAUUAGGCGUCCACCAACAAUCAUCUGCUACAUUUGUGGCCGUGAAUAUGGAACAAAAUCCAUUGCCAUCCACGAGCCACAAUGUCUGAAAAAAUGGCAUAACGAAAACAACUUGUUGCCCAAAGAGUUAAGGAGAUCAGAACCCAAGAAACCAGAAGUCAGGACCAUUACUGCCAAAGGUUUCUAUGAUCUCGAUGCCUUAAAUGAAGCUGCUUGGACAAGCGCCCUGAGCCAGUUGGUUCCCUGUAAUAUUUGCGGGCGUACCUUCCUGCCAGACAGACUGAUUGUUCACCAACGAUCCUUGUUUAGCACCUAAGGCAACUGGGAAUCUCAGCAUGCUUGUAGUUUGCCUGCUGGAAUUUUUGGUCAACUGUGGAGGUGAAAACACAAGUCAGAACUGCCCUCGCUGUCUUGCAGUGGCCACUGUGCCUUCUGCUAAUGGUGGAAGCAGUCAAAUGGGGGAAAUAAAGCAGAAGUGCUGGUCUCAA